AUGGUCCUUUCUCUUCUCUACCAGGUUCUCGACGCUUUCGUGGUGGUCAUAUCUUUUACUCUCGAUGUUGUUUUUUCGUUCGUUGACGUUGCCCAGGCUGCAAAAGAUGCAGCUGGUUUGAUGGUCAUGCUCCGACUGUGGAGAGUUACACGAUUAAUCAACGGUGUCAUCAUUUCUGUGCAAAUGGAAGCCGACAAGAAAGUCCAUAAAAUUGAGGUGGUACUGCAUGCGGCUGAGCGUGAAAACGAACAAUUACGCGACAAGCUUAAAUUACUUCAGGAAGAACUGGAAACGUUAAAGAAUAAAAUGAAAAAAACAGACGAUAAAAUCUUGGACAGCGUUUCACAAAGUACGUCACAUUCGGCACUACAAAAUAUAUCACAAAAGACCGAUGAAGAUGUCAUAGCUCAAACGCCCCUUACACCAUCUCCAGCCACAACCACAACGACUUCUACGGUAUCUGCACUGGCAGCCCCAGCAAAAGACCCGAAAAGUUCAUCAACAUCGCAGAGCAGCAAGUCUAUGUUUAUGGUGUUCGAAGAUAAAAAAGACAAAUCCUCAGCUGGAGACGGGCAAGGUACGAACGUGAUUGGUCCGAAACCACCUGUAUUUGUUGUUCCUGUGAACGAAGGAAGCCCCAAACACACAGCCACUAACGCUGGUUAUGAAGCUGAAAACCACCCCCAUCAGAUCCUCCACUUCCCGCAGCCACCGACAAGACGAAGUUCAAAGGACGAUCAUCCUGCUCUUUCUUCUAUCCAGCCGUACAUUUCUCCAAAUUAUCCUGUACCUGAAUCAGCCUCAAAAAAGAAAGUGCUCAUCUCGCCUACUCAGCCAACACUACCAAAACACAUCAUCGGAGAUCAACCAAUCGGAAACGGCUCUCAAAAGCAUUCUGUCGCCAGCCAAUACUCUCCGCCGUCGUCAUCGGUAGACAUGCCCAGAAAACCAAGCAUUUCGUCACCUGCUGACCAGAAGAAAGAAUCGGUUGAUAAGGUUCACGAAAAUUCGCCGUCAGAACAACCAAACAAACACUUGGUGUUGAGUGACCCCCAGCUGACCAUUUCAACGCCAUUACCUCUAACAGGGAGCAAAACCUCGCCAACCAACGGAAACGAGCAAGUUAUCCCCCUUAUACCUCCACCAACAAGUAAACGUUCGUCAGAAGGCCGGAAAAAGUCAAUCCCCAAUAAUUUUUCGUCGGGGCACCAGGCCCUAAAAUCACCGCCUAGACCUGAAAACACAGUAAAGCCCACUUCAGGUGCAUUGUCUCCGGGCAGCAUGGGCACGAAAAAAUUGAUCAGUGGUCAGUCGCUAGAACAUGGGGACCACGCACUGCAGGGGGGACACUCAUCUCCACCGGCAGCGAUCAUCUUACCGCCGGUUAGUUCCGCCACCACGCGCAAAAAAGCAGCCAAUGGCCAAAAUUCUGAAUAUGUACCGUUGAAAUCUCCACGCCAACCUAGCCCACCGAUAUCGGAGAAUGUGUUUUUUGAAAUCGACAAUAAACCUCGGAGUUCCAGUUUCCUCGGAGACGCCAUCUCCCUCUUCUCCUUUCUUUCUUUCUUUUUUUGCUUUCUUUCUUCUUUUUCUUUCUUUUUUCGUCAUCUUUAUUCCUUUGUUCUUCUUCUUUUCUUCAUUACUUCUUUCUUCCUCUUCUUAUUUUUCUUCUUAUUUUUCUUUCUUUCUUUCUUUCUUUCUUUCUUUUCUUUCUUUCUUUCUUCUUCUUCCUCCUCCUCCUCCUCUUAUUCUUCUUUUUCUUCUUCUUCUCAAUCAAUUUUGGGGGUUUAA